ACGAGGAAGAGUCGGUAAGCAGAGGGAGAAAAACACCAUUAUCAGCCAUGGCUCCCAGGAAGAGAACCACCAAACAGCGUAAAAACAACCCCAAGACGGCCAAGCUGGAGGCUUUCCUGGAGGACUUCGACAUCGAAGUAAAGACAAGAGUUGAACAACUGAAAGAGAAGAUGAACCAGCUGCUGAAAGAUGUGGACAACAGCUACAACAUGGCACUGAUUAAGCUCCCCAAAGCAGUCAGGCAAAUGAACUGGUUGGAAUAUUGCAAGUCUGAGAAACCAAAGUCACCACAGGUGGAUGAUACGAAGAGAGAAGAGGAAGCAGCAAUAGUUGAGAGUGUCGUGGCCGAGGAUCACGCCGUCCUUCUAAAAUCAGUCAAGAAAACAGCGACAAAGAAAAAGGCUGGAAGCAAAUCCUGUUCAGAGGAUGAAAACGCCCCGGGCACAGUGAAGAAGGGUAAGGCAACGAGGAAGCCUCCAACUACCUCCAAAAGAGCAAAAGCACUUUCAAUCAGCAAGCAAAACACCUCCAUCAGAAGAUCCUCAAGGAAACCCAUGAUCACUCCUGCCAGAAACAUGCUGGAUUCUUCUUUGUUGAUGGGCUCGACUCCUCUCAUCACCCCACGCUUUGACCCAAGGCUCCCCAAGACCCCCGCUGUGAGAAUUCCCCGCCACAAAGAGAGGGUCUACAGCAUUUCCGUCAACGGCUCUCCCAUUGCAGCAGGCGACACUGACAUCGUCAUCAACGUUCCCAUCGGCAACGGAGAGAGUAUUCAGCUGCUGGCCAGUCAGAUGGACUCAGUGGAUCUGUCACUCCUGGAUGAAACCGCCCUAAGGAGCAUUCGACAGUUGCAGAAUCGCCUCACAACACUGUGUGGAACAUCACAGUGAUUCAACAUCCUGAUGUGGACUUGUACAGAACUUCUUACAAAUUUUAUCUUUAUUUCAGAGCUUUUCUUCUCUGGGCAUGGUAUGGCUUUUUUUUUUUUUUUU